AUGGGAAACAGCCCGUCUAAGAAUCAAUAUGGCAUUCAAGGUACGAUCAAACACUCAAGUGGCUCUCAGCAGCAACAAGGCUCGUCAUUGAGUGAUGAGACCGGUAAUGAACCUAAUGACCCAGAUGAUAGUAGGCCCCUACCUACUAUCACUACGAAUCCAACAUUGAUUGCAUCUGCCAAGAGCAGAGCACAGCAACAACAACAACAACAACACAUGAACAUGAACAUGAAUUCCCAAUUAUCUUCGUCUACGCCAAGAACGUUCGACUUGGACAUUGAUUUAUCGCUGGCAUGCGAACUAAACUCCACCAAAUACCCUUUCUCAACGUCCAAUACUUCAAGUAUCUCUUCAACUUCUGACUCGUCCUUCUCGAUGAAGUCUGGCAGCACUCAGGCGAUUGCUCCAGGCGGUGGUUCUUUACCAAUGACCUCUUCAUCAUCGUUAUCGGACUCUCAUUUCGAUCACUCUCCCAUGUCCUUGCCCCCUAUCAAGGAGGAAAAUUGCACGGCCCCAUCGUCCGUCUCGUCCUCCUUCAGAAAAGGUGUUAAGAUUCAAAACCAAAGAUCCGCAAGACCGAUCAUCUUGAAGCGUGCAGCACACGACCCCAACUGUACGGACCAAGUCAAUAUCGACGACAUGAUCGAGAAAUUGCUCUACCUUGGUGAGUCUAGAAUCUACCACUCAAAGGAUUUCCCAUUUCGCUCGUGGGAAAUCCAACUAGUUUGCACCAUGGCUAGAGAAGUCUUCUUGAAUCAGCCUUCGCUAUUGAAGCUCCAGGCACCUAUUAAAGUCGUCGGUGAUGUCCACGGCCAAUUCACAGAUCUUUUACGGAUCUUGAGAUUGUCCGGUGUACCACCAGAUACAAACUAUCUUUUCCUUGGAGACUACGUCGAUAGAGGCAAGCAAUCUCUGGAAACCAUCUUACUAUUGCUCUGCUACAAGAUCAAGUAUCCAGACAACUUCUUCAUGUUGCGGGGUAACCACGAGUCUGCUAAUGUCACCAAGAUGUACGGCUUCUACGAUGAGUGUAAGCGUCGAUUGUCCACCAAAGCGUGGAAGAUGUUUGUCGACGUCUUUAAUAGUUUGCCCUUCGCCGCCAUCAUCCAAGACAAGAUUUUCUGCGUACAUGGGGGUAUCUCUCCUCAGUUGUCAGAUUUGAGGCAGGUGGCCAAUAUCCAUAGGCCGACAGACGUUCCAGAUGACGGUCUCCUAACAGACUUGUUAUGGUCAGAUCCAGACUCCUCUGUCAAGGAUUGGUCUCUGAAUGAUCGUGGUGUCUCGUAUACUUUCUCAAAGAAAAACAUUGCAGACUUUUGCUCUAAAUUCAAAUUUGAUUUGAUCAUUAGAGGCCACAUGGUAGUCGAAGACGGUUAUGAGUUUUUUGCAAGGAAGAAAUUGGUCACAAUAUUUAGUGCUCCAAACUACUGCGGUGAAUUCGAAAACUGGGGUGCUGUCAUGAGUGUCACAACGGGCUUAAUGUGCAGUUUCGAACUAUUGAAACCUCACGGUAUAAGAAGAAAGAGAUAA